CGCCGCCGCCAUGCCGCCGCCCGGCCCCCGCCGCCCCGCCGCUUUCUUCAUCCUCAUCUUCCUCUUGCUGUUGCUCCGCCGGGCGCUGGCCGCCGCAGGGCUGGAGUACAGCGACGUGCUGCCCGACUCCUUCCCCUCGGCCCCGGCAGAGACCCUCCCUCACUUUCUGCUGGAGCCGCAGGACGCCUACAUCGUGAAGAACAAGCCGGUGGAGCUCGUCUGCCGUGCCAACCCUGCCACCCAGAUCUACUUCAAGUGCAACGGGGAGUGGGUUAACCAGAAUGACCACGUCACCAAGGAGAGCCUGGACGAGGUCACCGGGAUGCUGGUGCGGGAGGUGCAGAUCGAGGUCUCCCGGCAGCAAGUGGAGGAGCUCUUCGGCUUAGAAGAUUACUGGUGCCAGUGCGUGGCCUGGAGCUCCGCGGGCACCACGAAGAGCCGCAGGGCAUACGUCCGCAUAGCGUACCUACGGAAGAACUUUGACCAGGAGCCGCUGGGCAAGGAGGUCCCGCUGGAGCACGAGGUCCUGCUGCAGUGCCGCCCACCCGAGGGGGUGCCGCAGGCUGAGGUGGAGUGGCUGAGGAACGAGGAUGUCAUCGAUCCCACCCAGGACACCAACUUCCUGAUCACCAUCGAUCACAACCUCAUCAUCAAGCAGGCCCGGCUCUUGGACACUGCUAAUUACACCUGCAUGGCCAAGAACAUCGUGGCCAAGCGCCGGAGCACCACGGCCGCUGUCAUCGUCUACGUGAACGGUGGCUGGUCCACCUGGUCCGAGUGGUCUCCUUGCAACAACCGCUGUGGCCGGGGCUGGCAGAAGCGCACCCGGACGUGCACCAACCCUGCGCCGCUGAACGGCGGCUCCUUCUGUGACGGGCAGCCUUUCCAGAAAAUCACCUGCACCACCCUCUGCCCAGUGGACGGCGCGUGGACGGAGUGGAGCAAGUGGUCGGCGUGCAGCACCGAGUGCACCCACUGGCGCAGCCGCGAGUGUGCCGCCCCGGCCCCCCGCAACGGCGGCAAGGACUGCAGCGGCGUGCUGCUCGACUCCAAAAACUGCACCGAUGGGCUCUGCCUGCAGAAUAAAAGAGUUCUAAGCGAACCCAAAAGCCACCUGCUGGAGGCCACAGGCGACGUGGCCCUGUACGCCGGGCUGGUGGUGGCCAUUUUUGUCUUCAUCGUGAUCCUCAUGGCUGUGGGGGUGGUGGUGUACCGGAGGAGAUGUCGGGAUUUCGACACGGACAUCACGGACUCAUCAGCCGCUCUGACCGGAGGCUUCCACCCUGUCAACUUCAAGACUUCCCGGCAUGACAACCCGCAGCUGCUGCACCCCUCGAUGCAGCCGGACCUGACGGCCAGCGCGGGGGUGUACCGCGGCCCCAUGUACGCCCUGCAGGACUCCUCCGACAAGAUCCCCAUGACCAACUCCCCCCUGCUCGACCCCCUCCCCAACCUCAAGAUCAAGGUGUACAACUCCUCCACCGCCUCCUCCUCGCCGGGGCUCCACGACGGGACAGACCUGCUCGGGGGGGUCCCCGCCACCGGCACCUACCCGGGGGACACCACCAGGGACGGCCACUUUGCGAACGUGCGGAGCAAAGCCCUGGGCUCCCAGCAUCUCCUCAGCUUGCCCCGGGAGCACGGCAAUAGUGCCAGUGGCACGUUUGGCUACCUGGGGGGAAGGCUCACCGUACCGGGCACUGGGGUGAGCCUGCUGGUGCCCCACGGGGCCAUCCCCCAGGGGAAGUUCUACGAGAUGUACCUGGUCCUCAACAAGGCAGAGAGCGCCCUCCUGCCCUCCGAAGGCACGCAGACGGUGCUGAGCCCGGUGGUGACCUGCGGACCCACCGGCUUGCUCCUGUGCCGUCCCGUCGUCCUGACCAUUCCUCACUGUGCCGAUGUGGGCUCCUCAGAUUGGAUUUACCAGCUGAAAACACAGUCCCACCAGGGAAACUGGGAGGAAGUUGUGACCCUGGAUGAGGAGACCCUCAACACUCCCUGCUACUGCCAGCUGGAAGCCAAGUCCUGCCACAUUUUGCUAGACCAGCUUGGCACCUACGUCUUCGUGGGAGAGUCCUACUCCAGGUCAGCCAUCAAGAGGCUCCAGCUGGCAAUCUUUGCCCCCACCGUUUGCACCUCCCUGGAGUACAGCCUCAAGGUCUACUGCUUGGAGGACACGCCAGAUGCUCUGAAGGAGGUGCUGGAGCUGGAGCGGACACUGGGCGGGUACCUGCUGGAGGAGCCCAAGUGCCUGCCCUUCAAGGACAGCUACCACAACCUGCGUCUCUCCAUCCACGACAUCCCCCAUGCGCUGUGGAGGAGCAAGCUGCUGGCCAAAUACCAGGAAAUCCCCUUCUAUCACAUCUGGAGCGGCAGCCAGCGAGCCCUGCACUGCACCUUCACGCUGGAGAGGUACAGCCAGGCCUCCACCGAGCUCACCUGCAAGAUCUGCGUCCGGCAGGUGGAAGGGGAAGGGCAGAUCUUCCAGCUCCACAUCACGCUGGGAGAGCACGCCAGCUCCUUCGACACCCUCCGCUCCCACCACAGCGGUGCCGCCACCACCACCACCCAGCUGGGACCCUACGCCUUCAAAAUCCCCCUCUCCAUCCGGCAGAAGAUCUGCAACAGCCUGGAUGCUCCCAACUCCAGGGGAAACGACUGGAGACUUCUCGCCCAGAAGCUUUCCAUGGACCGGUAUCUGAACUACUUUGCCACCAAAGCCAGCCCCACCGGGGUGCUCCUGGACUUAUGGGAAGCCGAGCACCAAGACGACGGCGAUCUCAACACCCUGGCCAGUGCCUUAGAAGAGAUGGGCAAGAGCGAGAUGCUGGUGGUCAUGGCCACAGAAGGGGACUGCUGAUGAUGCUCCCCACGGCAGGCUGGCCAGGAGGACGAAACGGGGAGGGGGACGAGGUGGGGGGAACCUUCCCCGACGGCGGGGGGAGGCACAUCCAUCCCUGGGCAGCGGCUGAGCGAGGAAGGGCCGAGGCCGUCGCUUCGCCCUCCCUCCCCGCAUCACUGUCAGCCUUAGAGACCCAUCCUCAGCGUUUACAAGCAAUUCAAGUGUUACGCAGCAUUCCUCCUCCUCCUCCUCGUGGCGUGGGGAGGAAUUAGGGCUUCUCAAGUUGGGACGGGGACUUUCCUUCUCCUUCUUCGUUUAGGUUCCCCUCUUCCUCCUUUAAUAGCAUUUCUGUGUUGAAGAGACGAGUACAAUCUAGGCGAACGGCUUACUUCUGUCAAAAGCUUCAGACAGCUUAACAAGGCAAAUAAGAAAGAAAAAAGGAAAAAAAAAAGUUUCUUAGGAAACGCAAAUAAUUUAUUAUCCAGAUCUUUGGAUGAGUCCUUUUUAAAAAAAAAAAAAGAAAAAAAAAAGA